AAAUAAUUUACGUCAACUCACAAGACUAGUCCCCGGGCCAAAACCUUAUAUUUAACAUCUUCGCUAUUAAUCCAUCGAAUCCAAGACGUCUUUUUCCUAGGUUUUUCUUCGACGGGCGCGAUGGUGGUUGAUAAGAAGGAGGAGAUAGACUCUGAAUCUUCGGAGCAAGUGGUGAAUCCAUGGGAAGUCUCCGUCAAAGACGACGGGAGAAUCGACUACGACAAGAUCAUCGACAAGUUUGGCUGCCAGAGGCUCGACGAGUCACUGAUCGAUCGUGUCCAAAGACUGACUUCUCGUCAACCACACGUAUUCCUCCGCCGUGGUGUCUUCUUCGCCCACAGGGACUUCAAUGAGAUUCUGGAUGCGUACGAGAGAGGAGACAAGUUCUAUCUCUACACUGGAAGAGGACCUUCAUCAGAAUCUUUGCAUUUGGGGCAUUUGAUUCCUUUCAUGUUUACCAAAUACUUGCAAGAAGCUUUCAAGGUUCCUCUCGUUAUACAGAUUACGGAUGAUGAAAAAUGCAUUUGGAAGAACUUAGAGCCCAAGGAUAGUAAACGACUUGGCAGAGAAAACGUGAAAGAUAUCAUUGCUUGCGGGUUCGAUGUAACAAAGACCUUCAUUUUCUCCGACUUUGACAACGUUGGCGGUGCUUUCUAUAAAAAUAUGGUGAAGGUUGGAAAAUGCGCUAUGGCAAUCUAUGGCUUUUCCGGCGAAGAUUCUAUUGCAAAAAUCAGUUUCCCUCCUGUGCAGGCAGCUCCAUCUUUUCCUAGCUCGUUCCCAGACUUGUUCCCUGGCAAGGAGAAACUCCGUUGCUUGAUUCCUUGUGCAAUUGACCAGGAUCCUUAUUUUAGAAUGACUCGUGAUGUUGCACCUCGGUUAGGCUAUAACAAGCCUGCUCUAAUCGAGUCAUCAUUUUUCCCUGCGCUGCGGGGAAAGAAUGGAAAAAUGUCUGCUAGUGAUCCAAAUUCGGCUAUCUAUGUGACUGAUACCGCUGAGGACAUUAAAAAAAAGAUAAACGGUGCGGUUAGUGGUGGGCAAGAUAACAAGGACGAUCAAAACAAAUACGGAGCAAAUCUGGAGGAAUAUGGAGAAGGAAGAAUGCUAACCGGAGAAGUAAAGAAGCGACUCACUCAAGUUUUAACAGAAAUGGUGGAGAAACACCGCAGGGCUCGAGCUGCUGUUACUGAUGAGAUGGUGGAAGCGUUCAUGGCGGCGAGACCUCUUCCAAGCAUGUUUGAGUAGAGCCUAGAAGCCAGAAGAAAUCCCUUUUUGGCGGCUCUGCAACUUCACAUCACAGCGUUAUUUUAUUUUCUCUUCACUUGGAAUUAGAUUUUGUAAAGAAUAGUUUCUCCUAAUUAAAAUUUUUCCCAUUUUAAAACACCUGACAUUAUAUUUCAAUAAGACAAAUAGAUGAAACAUUAAAAGAAGCUGGUCAAACCUUCCACCCAAAGUUGCCAACUUUCUCGUGUAACAACUUGUCUUUUUUUUUUCCUUUUGUAAC